UCGACAAUAAGGCACAUGUGGCCGCGUACGAUCCCAGUUCGGGAGCGAUUCCACCCGAGGCCCCGACGAAUCUCGAUCACCGUUGCGACCUGUCGUGACCUUCGCCGCGGCGUUAAAGGGCACGGUCAACCGUCUCGCAAUCUCGAUCGACGAUGCUGCAAGUCGACGACAGAAAGUGCCGACAGGGUUGUAAAAGAUGAGAAGCCGACGUAUGGCCAUGCACGCGGUCACCAACGCAGCUCUUCAGAUACACAGGCGUUCCGCGAGCGUACGAAGAGAGAUGCACGGGAUGAGCUGCAGCGCGAGCUCGAGAAGCUGGGGGCGACCGCCCGCGAGGACAAGAAGGCGAUGAUCGGCCGGCAGUUCUCCGGAUUCCAGCAUCUGUUCGAGCGAUUUCUGCAGGAGGAGGGCCCGUCCUUGGAGUGGAACCACAUUCAGAAGCUGUCCGAAGAUGCGGUCAAGGAUUACAACUCCUUGCCAUCGCCGGAGACGAACGAGGUGAAGGAGCUGCUGGACAAGUUGAUUGUUGUCAAAUUAAACGGUGGUCUUGGAACGAGCAUGGGAUGCCACGGGCCGAAAUCCGUUAUCGCUGUGCGAAAUGGACUCACGUUUCUUGAUCUUACCGUUCAACAAAUCGAGCACCUAAAUAAAACGUAUAACGCUAACGUGCCACUCAUACUGAUGAACUCGUUCAACACGGACGACGAUACGCAACGGAUAAUUAGGAAGUACAAAGGAAUCGAUAUAGAUAUUUACACUUUUAAUCAGAGCUGUUAUCCGCGCAUAAACAGGGAUUCUCUCCUCCCGAUCGCUAAGCACUGUCAAAUCGAUGAGGAUAUAGAAGCCUGGUACCCACCCGGCCACGGAGACUUCUACGAGAGUUUCCAAAACUCUGGUUUACUUAAAAAAUUCAUUCGUGAGGGCCGCGAAUAUUGUUUUAUCUCGAACAUAGAUAAUCUUGGUGCUACGGUGGAUAUUAAAAUCUUGAAGUCGUUGUUGAGUAAAAGGCCGGAACCAUCUCUUGAAUUUGUGAUGGAAGUAACCGACAAAACGCGAGCGGAUGUCAAGGGUGGUACACUUAUAAAAUACGAGGAUAAACUUCGUCUCCUUGAAAUAGCUCAAGUUCCCAAGGAUCAUAUCGACGAUUUUAAGUCCAUUAAGACAUUUAAGUAUUUCAACACUAACAACCUCUGGAUUAAACUUAGUGCUAUUGAGAGAGUGCUUGAGCAAAAAGCGUUGAAUAUGGAGAUAAUUGUAAACAACAAAACUUUUCCCAAUGGCCUAAAUAUAAUACAACUUGAAACAGCUGUAGGAGCCGCUAUGAAAUCAUUCGAAGGAAGUGUUGGUAUAAAUGUACCGCGCAGUAGAUUCUUGCCGGUGAAAAAGACUUCUGAUCUGAUGCUCGUAAUGAGCAAUUUAUAUACACUGCGCAACGGAUCUCUUGUGAUGAGUCCUCAAAGGAUGUUCCCGACAACGCCUCUCAUCAAAUUAGGAGACAAUCACUUUUCAAAAGUGAAAGAGUUUCUCAUCAGAUUUCCGACAAUACCAGAUCUCCUCGAAUUGGAUCAUUUGACGGUGUCGGGCGAUGUCACUUUCGGAAAAGGAGUAACGCUGAAAGGCACCGUCAUUAUAAUCGCCAAUCACGGGGAACGUAUAGAUCUACCUUCUGGAACCGUUUUAGAAAAUAAAAUUGUAUCAGGCAAUCUACGCAUAUUGGAUCACUAAGUCACAACGGCAGGCAAAGGACCGCUUUAAUUCGUCUCGCGUACAUGUCUGAAAGAAUGAGGGGUCUGUGUUUUCAGCAAUCAUGUUCCAGCUUAAAUUAACUAGUCAAGCGAUUCAAUUGUAUAUAUUCGUAAUGUUAUUUUAGGGAGAAAGGGCCGGAAAUAUAUUUCUACAAAAAUUAUUUUACCUAAUUGUAUAUAAGAACUUAUAUAAGAAUUUAAUUAUGAGAUAUCAAAGAGAAAUUUAUAAUGUAUAAAAUAUAUACUGUUGUGUAGGCGCGAUGGAAGCUUACAAGGCAUAUUCUAUUAUAAUAAAUAAAUACUUUCAAAUUUUA